AUGAAGGUUUCAUCCUUAUUGGAAAAAUUUUCGUUUUAUUAUAUUAAAAAUUCACAUACUAAUUAUCAGCCUAAUGAGGUUUUACAACCACCACCUGUUGUUGAAGCUCCUCGUCAACCUCAGCCUAUCAAUAAGGAGGUUUUGAAGAAGACAAAUACCCAAUCAAAAGCUACUUCAAGACAAGCUACCAAGACUCAAUCCAAUAUGAAUAGUUCUAUUGCAUCCAUUGAAUUAGUCCCUAGUGAAGAUUAUGAUUUAUCCAAGGUUAAAAACUUGAAACCUCCUCCAAGAGAACCUGUUGAGCCAACUUAUAGAGGUUGGAAGGAAGUAGGAGGUUGGGAAGCUGAAGAUGCUUUAACCUUAGAUGAUGAAAUUACGGAUUUGUUAUCUAAAUCAUCAAUUUUUGAUCAAUAUUUACCAGCAGUUGCUUAUGGUGAUUGGUACCAUAAUGUAGCUUAUUUAGUAUUGGCUUCUUUCUUAUCAUGGUUUGUUGGAUGGUUCAAAUUCUCCUUAGCUCCAAUGUUCUUUAUCAUGACUAUUUUCACCAUCUUAUACCGUACAUCUAUUAGAAAAUAUAGAACGGUGGUAAGACAACAAGCACAAAGAGAAUUUUCUAUCAAAUCAAUUGAAAGUGAUUAUGAAACUAUGGAUUGGUGUAACGUGUUCUUGGAAAAAUUCUGGUACUAUUUAGAACCAUCAAUUUCCCAAAUUGUUUGUGAUCAAGUUAAUCCCAUUUUAGCUUCAUCACCAGCACCUGCUUUUAUUAAAUCUUUGUGGAUUGAUUCUUUUACUGCUGGUACUAAACCUCCUAGAAUCAAUGCCGUUAAGACCUUACCUGGAACCAAUGAUGAUGUUGUGGUCAUGGAUUGGGAUACUUCAUUUAUUCCUAAUGCUUUAGCAGAUUCUAAUACUAAACAAUUAAAGAAUAACGUCAACCAAAAGAUUGUGGUUAAAGCUAAUUUAUUUGGUUUAACUAUCCCAGUUUCAGUAUCUGAUGUCUCUUAUAGAGCUAUGUUAAGAGUUAGAUUAAGAAUGAUGACAUCAUUUCCUCACAUUGAAACCGUUAAUGUGUCAUUAAUUGAGCCGCUCCAAUUUGAUUUCAAUUCUCGAUUAUUAGGAGAUUCUAUUUUCCAUUGGGAAGUUUUGAAUAUCCCUGGUGUUUAUCCUUUUAUUAAUGAUUUGGUUAAGAAAUACGUUGGAGCUAUGGUAUAUUCACCAUUAUCAUUUCAAUUGAAUGUUCAACAAUUAGUUGCUGGAUUCCCAUUGGAUACUUCAAUUGGGGUUUUGGCUAUCACUGCCAAAAAUGGUAAAAAUAUCAAAGGUUUCUCUACCAUUGGUAAUACUUUAGAUCCUUAUUUAACUUAUGGAUUCAAUGGUAAAGUUCUGGGUAAAACUAAACAUAUUAUGGAUACUUCUAAACCAGUUUGGAAUGAAACUACUUAUAUUACAGUUAAAUCAUUCUCCGAACCUUUAAGUAUUGAUCUUUACGAUUGGAAUGGAAAGAGAAAAGACAGACAUUUGGGAUCAGUUCAAUUUGAUUUGGAAACUUUAAGAGAUAAUCCUAAACAACCAGAUAUUAGUAGUCCUUUCAUUAGAAAUAAUAAACCUGUUGGAGAUUUAAAUUUUGGUUUACAAUUUACUCCUACUUUAGAAUCUACCAGAUCUCCUGAUGGAGCUAUUAACCCACCACCUGAUUUGAAUACUGGUAUUGCAAGAAUUGAGAUUGCUGAAGCUCGUAACUUCAACUCCGAUGAAAAGAAACCAAUUGCUACCUUUGCUGAAGUUUAUUAUAAUGGUGAAAAAGUAUUAACAUCUGAUGUUAUGGGUAAAUCAAAUAAUCCAUCAUUUGGCUUGGUUUAUGAAAAGAUUGUUUAUAAUCGUGCUAAAGCCAAUGUUAGAUUUAUCUUGAAGGAUAAAAGUGGUGAAUUCUUAGGUUCAGUUACUUCAUCAUUGAAUGAAUUAAUUGAUGCCUCUCAAGUAAAUCAAACAUGGUUUGGAUUAUCAACUGGUGGAGAAGUUAGAAUCAAUGCUUUCUGGAAACCAGUUAGAUUACAAACUUCUAUGAAAGAUGCUACAGGAUUCACCCCACCAAUUGGGGUUGUUAGAGUAUCAAUUGAAGGUGCCGAAGAUUUACCUAAUUUGGAAAGAAUCGGGAAAAUUGAUCCUUAUGCCAGAGUAUUCAUUAAUAAGGUUCAAAAGGCUAGAACUAUAGCCGCAGAAUCUACUUUGAAUCCAACUUGGAAUGAAGUUUUCUAUUGUUCAGUAUCUUCACCAAAUCAAUUAUUAACUAUUGAAGCUAUGGAUGUUGAAAAACGUUCAGCUGAUAGAACUUUAGGUUCUUUUGAUGUUAGAUUGAAUGAAAUCAUUAGUAAGAAUGAAAUGAAUAAAUAUAUUGAACAUGUUGAUACAGAAAAGAGACAAAGUAAAUUGAUUACCAAGAAAUUAGGACCAAAAGGUUUAGUUACUUACUCAUUAGCUUUCUAUCCUGUUUUACCUAUCAUUCCAUUAAAUGAACAAAGGGAAAGAGAAGAAGCUGAAAAGAAAGAAGCUGAAAAGAAAGCUAAAGAAGAAGCUGAAAAGACCAAGGAACAAAAGGAAAAAGAAGCCAAGGAAGCUAAAGAAAAGGAAGCUAAAGAAAAAGAAGCUAAAAAAGAAGGUAAAGGUAAAGAAGAAAGUAAGAAACCUGAAAAAACUGCCAGAUUGAAAUUAUCCUUAGAACAAUUAAUGGAAUAUAAAAGUGGUGUAUUGGUUUAUGAAAUGUUAGAUGGUAAGAUAACUAAAGAUGGUUACUUACAAGUAUUCUUCGAUAACCAUUCUCAUUAUGAUUUUGUUAGUCAAAAAUUGAAAUCAGGUAAAGUUAAUGUUGCUAGUUCAGGUGAUGCCACAGUUAAAGAAUUAGAACAUUCUACUGUAACUUUCAGAUUAGUCAAAGAUAAAGAAGAUAACAGAAUGGAAAAAUGUAUCGCUGAAACCACCAUACCAACUAUGCAAGUUGUACAAAAUGGUUAUGAAAAACCAAUGAAUAUUUCAUUACAAGGAGAUGGAGGAAAAGGUGAUUUCCAAGUACAAUUCCAAUGGAUCCCAGUUAUUUAUGAAACCGGUUUACCUCCACAAGAUUCUAUUGAUAAUUGUGGUAAAUUAACUAUCCAAGUAUUGAGAGGUACUAACUUCAUUGCUGGAGAUUCUAAUGGUAAAUCUGAUCCUUAUGUUGAAGUUCAUUUGAAUACCGAUAAAGAUUCAUUCUUGAAAACCAAAAAGGUUAAAAAGACUUUGGAUCCUGAAUGGAGUAAUGAAAGUGGUACUGUUGAUGUGGUCAAUAAAUACGAUUCUUUCCUUAGAAUUGUAGCCUUCGAUUGGGAUAUUGGUCCAGAACAAGAUGAUCUUUUAGCUGAAGGAUAUAUUCAUUUAUCUGAUGUUGAUUUUGAACACCCUGAUGAAGAAAUUGAAGUACCGUUAUUCACUGAAACUGAAGCCGAUGGUGGUUCAGUAUUUGUUAAAUUAUCAUUCAAAUCUGAAUUCAUCAUUUCAUGUAAACCAGCUUCUGAUACUCAAAUCGGAGAUGCUUUUGGAGCUGUAGGAAGUGUUGGUAAAGGUGUAGGUAAAGGUGUUGGUAAAGGUGUCGGAAAGGGUCUUGGAGCUGGUGCCACAGUUGUUGGUGGAGGUGUUAAAGGUAUUACUGGAGGUGUUAAAGGUAUCUUUGGUAAACAUUAG